UCAAAAUGGCGUCUUUCACGGGUUAGCGCAUAUCCGCCGCAUACUGUGCCGUUUUCAAUAAUCGCGUGUGUGACAAUAUAUUUGUGUUACUGACAAUUUGUGGACAAUUUAUACAGUGUUAUAGUGAUAAUUCACCAUAGACGGACUGGCCAGAUUAGUGUUUUGAUUUUGAAUACAAGAUUUUGCAAAGAGAGUCGAGCGGGCAGCAGCCAUGAGUAAAGACGGUUGAGCAUCGCGCGCCGGGUGGCGCGCAACACACAAAAUGUCGUUCUUUAACAAUCUGAAGAAGGUGCUGCACCUAGGUGGCGGCAAUGACGCGAAAAAGAAGAAGGUGUUCAACAACAUCCGCGACAAUUGCGAUCCCAAUGAACACUGGGACAUGAUAGGGGAGCUCGGCGAUGGCGCUUUUGGAAAGGUGUACAAAGCCCAGCACAAGACAACAGGCCAGCUGGCCGCGGCCAAGGUGUGCGUGUUGGACAACGAGGAUGACCUGGCCGACUUCACCGUGGAGAUCGACAUCCUCUCGGAGUGCCGGCAUCCCAACGUAGUGGAGUUGCACGAGGCAUACUUCAUAGACAACAAGCUAUGGAUGCUGCUAGAAUACUGCGACGGCGGCGCCCUAGAUUCAGUAAUGUCUGAACUAGAAAAAGGCCUCAGCGAGCAGCAGAUAGCGUACGUGUGCCGCGAGAUGUGUCGCGGGCUCCAGUUCCUGCACUCGCGCCGCGUCAUACACCGCGACCUGAAGGCGGGCAACGUGUUGGCUACUAUGACGGGCGGCGUCAAGCUGGCGGACUUCGGCGUGUCAGCUAAGAACAAGUCGACGCUACAGAAGCACGAUACGUUCAUCGGCACGCCUUACUGGAUGGCGCCAGAAGUGGUGUUGUGUGAGACCUUUCGUGAUCACCCGUAUGACUUCAAGGUGGACAUCUGGUCACUAGGCAUCACAUUAAUCGAGUUCGCGCAAAUGGAGCCGCCCAACCACGAAAUGACGCCGAUGCGAGUGUUACUAAAGAUCCAGAAGAGCGAGCCGCCCGCCCUCGACGCGCCCUCGCGCUGGUCGCGCCACUUCAACGACUUCAUAGCCAAGGCGCUCGUCAAGGACCCAGAAAAGCGGCCGACAGCAGUAGAGCUACUUGCGCACCCGUUCGUCUCAGGAGCACUUGACGCGAAGCCGCUGCGAGACUUAUUACUCGAGUACCGCGCGGAAGUGGUCGAGGAGGAGCUGCUCGACGACGAUUCGGAGGAACAUCGCAGCUCUCAGAUGCAUAUGGAGAUGGAAGAUGACUCGACGUCUGUCCGGUCCGCGGACACGCCGGACGUCAAGAUGCCGGAAGCGCCGCCGUCGCCGCCCGCGCCGGCCGCGCCCGCCAAGCGUCCGCGCGACGACGAACCGCAGCCCGCUGACAGGAAAGCGCCCGCACCAAAAAAAGAGAAGGGCCCCGCCCCGCCGCCGCCGUCGGCGACGCCGCCCGCCUCGCCCGCCGCCCGCCCACCUGCCCCCGUCCCUCCUGCCCCCGCCGCCCCUCCUGCCCCCGUCGCAGCCGCCCCCCCAGUCGCAGCCGUCCCCAAGAAGCAGCCGGCGCCCCCGCCUCCACAGCCCGCGCCGCCGGUUCAACCAGCGCUUGUGCAGGGCAAACAGAUUGUCGACCAGGUGUGUCGAGAAGCAGAGAAAGCCGUAGAAGACAAAAAGACAGACAAAAAAGAUUCAGAAGUAGAAAAAGAGAAAGAGAGACCAAAGCAAGAAAUUAGAAUAACGCCUGAACCAGUCGCGCCGGAGAAACAGACAGAAUUAGACAAAACGGAACCCCACAGGACUGAGAGAGACGACAGAAGAACAGAAGAGAGCAGGAAAGAGAAUAGAAGAGAAGAGAGCAGACAAGAAAACAGAAAAGAAGAGAGCAAAGAAGAAAUUAGAAUCGAAAAGAAGACAGAAGUAACAAUUACAGACACAAACGACAAAGGAAAGUUCUCCAGAUCGAGUUCAACCGAAGACAGGGUGUUGUCAGAAGUGAAUAGGAUAGAAAGAAACUCCAGAAGCUCCCUGGAAUUAGAUAGGACGAAUGUAGAAAUAAUAGGCCGUUUAGAAAACCGUUCCAUUUCGACGGAUCAAGUGGAAACUGUGAAAGUUAAUGCUGCAGUCAAUAGAAUAGAAAAGAAUUCGAGGUCCAGCUCUGUAGAAGCGAAAGAGAGGAUCAGUAUAGAAGUGGAUAGAAGUGAAGUGGAGGAUAGGAUACACAAAUGGGAGAAGAGAAGAUCGCCGAUGAGUUCGGUUGAGAUUAGGCCUGUAACGCCGCCGCAGCCCAAGCCGCCCGAGCCGACCGUGGCGGUAGCGGUAGCAGCCACCAACGUGGUGGUGGUGCCGGCGCUGGUGGUGGUGGAGCCCAACUCGCUCGCCGCCGCGCCCGCCGGGCUCGUCACCGUCACCACCACGCACCCGCCGGUACUCACCACCGCUGCCCAGCCGACUGUAGCAGUAGCUGUGGCGGCCACCAACGUGGUGGUGGUGCCGGCGCUGGUGGUGGUGGAGCCCAACUCGCUCGCCGCCGCGCCCGCCGGGCUCGUCACCGUCACCACCACGCACCCGCCGGUGCUCACCACCGCUGCCCAGUUGCCGCCCAACGCAGUCACGAUAUCCACAACGCCGCCUAUAGCAGACGAAGUGGUCAUAGUAGGAGCCGCCUCCAGUUCAGACGAUGAUUGCUUCGCGCCUUCCUCACUGGACUCGUUGGACACCAGUCAUGAUUACUCCGAGAAGACCCGCGGCCGCCGCCUGGACAGCAGCGAAGUCCUGAUCCUGAGCCCGGGCGCGGCUGGAGACUCCGGGGUCUUCGACGACAGCCAGCAUAACCAGCUCAACUUGGACACAUCGCACGUUUCCGUGGUGACUGUGGGCGAGCCGGCCGCGCCGCCGCCUAUCGCUACGCGCCUCAGUCCAGACAGCUUUGAGAGAUCGCAGUCCGACAGCGGUUCGGUCGCGUCGUCGUCGUCGCGCCGCCACGACGCCGACUCGCUGGCCGCCAACGAUCACGACGACCGCGACAGAGAGCUCAAUGGAGGCACCAGAGUCAGCACGGACAUCCACGAGAACGGCGAAGCGGUGGUGCUGAGGCGGAAGACGCAGGAAGGACAGCCGGUCAACAGGAUACAGAGGUCAAAGGAAGACAUCCACAUGGCAAACCUCAAGAAGAAAACGCGCAAACGGACGAGAAAGUUCGAGAUCGAUGGCGUCAUCGUCACCACCACCACUUCCAAGGUGAUCUGGGGCGACGAGGAGAGCGGUCGCACGUGGGACGACCACGCGCUGCGGAAGCAGGAGCUACGCGAGAUCAAGAUGCUUCAGAAGCAAGAACAGAAGCAGUUCCAGGACCUGAAUGCUAAGGAGUUGCAGCUGAGGGAACAGCAGGACAAGAGGUUCGAAGCCGAGCUAGCCUCACUCGCGCGCGCACACGAAGCGGACCUUGACACGUUGGCGCGCGCGCAACGCGCAGCCGCUGAACGCGCUGAACAACAGCUUGAGAUGGAGCUGCGGCACGCCGGCAAGCGGCUGAGGGCGGAGCACGAGCGCGAUCUGAGGCACUUCCGCGACACGCUCAAGCAGGAGCUGAAGCUGCUCAAGCAGGAGGUGGAGCUAGUGUCAAAAGACCGUCGCAAGGACACGUACAAGCAGCGACGCACGCGCCUCGACGAAGAACAUGCCGAGAGGGAGAGAGCGUUCGUCGCCAGUUUGGCUGAGGCACAGGACACGGUACUCAGGCGCAUACACGAGCACCACCGAGAGAGGCAGGCACUGGCCGAUCGGCAGUACCUGCAGCAGAGGCAUCAGAUAAUGCGUACCCGCGAAGCAGCGUUAUGGGAGUUAGAAGAGAAGCAAAUCCACGAGCGACAUCAGUUGGCCAAGCGGCAGCUAAAGGACGAAUUCCUGCUGCGACGCCAUCAGAUGCUGGUCCGGCACGAUAAGGAGCUGGAUCAGAUCAAGAGGAAGAACGCCCGCAAAGAAGAGGAGUUAGCCAAGUGCCAAGCGCUCGAAAAGCGAUCGCUGCCGAAACGGAUCCGGGCGGAACAGAAAGCGAGAGAGAUGAUGUUCCGCGAGUCUCUACGCAUAUCGGCCGCGCCGCCGUCGCAAGAGGACGACCGUGAGAGGCUUAAGAAGUUUAAGGAGAGCGAACAGCGACGCUACCGCUCGGAACAGCAACGGUUGAACACCAAGCACACGAAGGCGAGGGAGGAACUGAAGGCAGCGGGAGAGGCGUUACUGCGCGAACUGGAGCAGUACCAGAACGAGAAGCGCAAGGCUCUGAUGAACCACGAGACCAACAAGAUGAAGGCCGUGGAGGAGCGCUACUCCGCCGAGCUGAAGGAGUGGCGCGCCACCCUUGGAGACAGGAAGCUGACCCUCAUAAAUCUCUUCGCGAAACACCUCGACGACCACGAGAAGAAGUUCGGAAAGCCUAUCCAGGACCGAGGGCUGUACCUCGACGCGCCAUGGCCGAAGAACGUACUGCAACACGUAUUAAGCGCUUACCACCAGAGGACGUCACUUAUAGGGUCCCUAACCCGCUCCAGAACGAGCCUAAACUUCUUGUCGGCUGCGAACACCCCUAACAUGGAACGCAGAAGGAGCAUAAGUCCAAACUCUGAACGAGCUACCAAAUCCGCCGCGACCAGCGCUUAUAACACACACAAAAGGGGCAAAUUGACCAAGAUGCAGAAAUACGGGUCGACUUCAAACUUGAAAUUGGUGUCGGAAAAGAUAUCAGGGUUCUCCGUCUUUAGUGGCGCAGACGACAUUAAGAGAAACCCGAUCAUGGCUUACGGAGACGUCCCGAAAGAAAUCGAAGAGGAACCGAGACGCAGCAUUGAAAGAUCCAAACCUGUUGACAGAGUGAUCGGUGCGAAGAAAAUCAACAGACAGAGUUUAUCUGAGAAUCUGUUCAAACAACUGAACGUGGAGAGCGAUCCUGGGAUGAAAAGGAGCAUCUCACAGCUCAGUUUGAAGCAGGACAUAGCCUUGGAAGCGGUCAUGAUCGACUUGCCUUCAGUGGAAAGCAGCAGAUACAAUACUAUGAAAAGUAACAGUACUUUUGGUACCAUAUCACGUGAUGGAAGCGAGACAGACGAUGGUGAAACAAAACACUUCAGCCGGUGGGGGCCGGUGCGAGGCUCCAACAGCUACUCUGACCACCCUAGCGUGCCUGUCAGUCAGCUGUCAACGUUGAACUUAAAAACUAUAGCCACAGACAAAACAGAGGAACCGGGCGAUUCCAAUGUCUAAAUAGUUGCAGAGGCCAAUCGAUUGAUAAGUAGGCACAAUACUUACAUUUUGUAAAGCCAGCUGAAAUCAGCGAGAACUAGAUGUUUACUAUUUUUAGGAACAGAGGGCGAUUCCUAUGUCUAUAUUGUAGUGUAGGUACAAUACAGUUUGUAAAACAAAUAUUAUGAUGAUCGAGGGCUAGGGUGUGUCACUGUUAAAAUUUUUGAUCAAUUUUGUAUU